UUUGACCGGUACUGUGUACAUACACAUUUCCCUAUUGUGUUGUAAUAGUUAUUUUACAAUAUUGACUUGUAUAAGGAUAUACUGUACAUUAGGAUACAUUCUAAAAGGUAUACAGUAAUAAUGACAGUGUGAUUUGAACCAUUACCAAUGACUUUAUAUAACCAGUGGGCACUGUAUGCACUGCACCCCAGUGUUGAUAUGCACACAUUCAAAUAUGUUUAAUGAUUUGUGGGACUAUUUUCUGCCUCAUUUUAAUUAUCAAUCAGACAUAGUUAAGAUCAACUGCUUUGGGUUUCGAAAAGCACAGUUAGUUAAGGCUUAAGGGCAUGGCUUACAAACAUGAAAUAUAUCAGCUUUUAUGGAAAUACAGUAUAUACUGUAGUCAUGGAUAGACUGAGGCAUGUCAGUGAAUGUAAAUCAAUUUUGCUUUCCGACAUUAGGGGGUGGUAUGUGGAUUCACUACAGUAAAACGGAUACAGUAGUUAGGGGACAGUUGACUUGAGGUCAUGUUAUGUUAUGUAGCCCGCAGUCGGUCCCCAAAGUUAUAAACUACACACAUGCACGUCAUGCAACAGCCGUCGCAUAGGCCACGUGAGUUAACCGUGCAUGUAAAUGCACUCCAGAGCGCACCCUUCAUAGAGUAAAACAAUUCACUUGGUCAAGUAUAGCUGCUUCCUUUGUCCUGAAUUCUGUCAUAUGAAUACAAUUUGGUUUGGAAAUACGCAUUUAAGACUCAUUAGAGUGUAUCGAGUUCGUGUAAAGGUGUCAACUAAAAGCGUCCAUGUGAUCGGAAUUCACACCCUGCACAAGGACUAGAGGCACGCAAAGAAGGAGAGAGAUGGGGGGCGAUCGUUCAAGAUAGGAGAGCGAGCGAUACAGUCCUUGGAGCUAGCGAUCGAGGUGCACUCGGGGCCUGCCUGUGCUACAGACGGCCACGGACCCUGCAAACUUUACAUCUGAAGAAAUAACGCUGUGCGGAGUGCCGACUACUGACUACCCUUUUAUGGAGGACCGACAUACCGGAUGUCCCUCUCACUGAUCUUGUCUGUGGUGACUCUUUAAAGCCCCUCUUCCUCCUCCUCCUCUUCCUCCACCACCAUGUCCCAGCUGCUCCACGUGGAGAUCCCCAGCUUCGGCAGCACCGUGCUGGGCUCCCUCAACGAGCAGCGCCUGCUGGGCCAGUAUUGUGAUGUCUCCAUCCUGGUUAAAGGCCAGCCCUUUAAGGCCCACCGGGCUGUACUAGCCGCCAGCAGCCUCUACUUCCGAGACCUGUUCAGUGGCUCAUCCAAGAGCCAGUUCGAGCUGCCCUCAUCGGUGACUCCCGCCUGCUUCCAGCUUAUAUUAUCCUUCUGCUACACGGGAAAGCUGACCAUGGCAGCCAGCGAGCAGCUGGUGGUGAUGUACACCGCCGGGUAUCUUCAGAUCCAGCAUAUUGUGGAGAGGGGCAUGGACCUGAUGUUCAAGGCCAACUCUCCCCACUGCGACUCCCAAACGGCUGCUAUGGAGGAGCAGCAAUCAGGCUCAGAGCCACAGAGUCCCAGCAACAACACCCUGGCUGGGGCAGGGACCUCCAUUCUGGGGCCACAGGGCUGGUCCCCCUCCCUGGUGCUGCCCACACGGAAGAUCAAACUGGAGGGAUGCGAUCCGACCCCACUGGGGUUGCCCAGCCUGAGUCAUCAUAAGAGAGGGUCCUCUUCAUCUGAGCUGGGGGGACGGCUCUCCAGGGGAAGCUCAUUGUUUUACACAGGUUCGGUCGGGACCACCAUCUUCCCCGGGAUGCAGCCCUACCCAGUGGCCGGGGGAGAGAGGUCCAGUCCUGGGGCCUCCAGCCUGCCCACCACAGACAGCCCUACCUCCUACCAGAACGAGGAUGAGGAGUUUGAGGAAGAACCGUACGACGGGAUCACGGAAGAGGCCUACAGUCAGAUCUAUGGGCGCUCAGCCAACCCAUACGGAAUCCAGGACAAGCCAGAGAUGGCAGCCAUGCCCCUGUCCCUGGAGAACCGCUCCUGUGUGCUGGUCCGUAGGGACCUGGUGGCCCUGCCCGCCAGCCUCAUCAGCCAGAUCGGAUACCGCUGCCACCCCAAGCUCUACACUGAAGGAGACCCGGGGGAGAAACUGGAGCUGGUGGGAGGUACAUCUGUGUUUAUGACACGGGGCCAGCUGAUGAACUGUCACCUGUGUGCUGGCAUCAAACACAAAGUCCUACUGCGUCGCCUGCUCGCCACGUUCUUCGACAGGAACACCCUGGCUAACAGCUGUGGAACUGGCAUCCGUUCCUCUACCAGUGACCCCAGUAGGAAACCUCUGGACAGCCGUGUGCUCAAUGCUGUCAAACUCUACUGUCAGAACUUUGCGCCCAACUUCAAGGAGAGUGAGAUGAACGUGAUCGCCGCUGACAUGUGCACCAACGCGCGGCGCGUCCGCAAACGCUGGCUGCCCAAGAUCAAGUCCAUGCUACCCGACGGCAUGGAGGUCUACCGGGCCAGUGUGGGGGUGGCCGCUGGGGUGGGCCUGGGCCUGGCCCUGGGAGCCGCCGGACCCGGGGUGGUGCUCCCCUUCGAAACCGACUUCAAAUCCCUGACCCCCUCUAGCCUUUCCCUGGACCAGAGGCUGUACCCGGAACUCAAGGACCCACUCAGGACUCACGCCCUGUUGGACAUGGGCAGCCCGGGAUCGGGGGUGGCUGUAGGGGAGGACGUGGACGCGGAGAUCGUUGGUUCCCAGGCAGGGGGGGAUGAGCAGCAGGAGGAGGAGGAGGAGAUGGGGUUGGAUGGUGUGGAGGGAACGAUGAUCCCGGGAGGCGAGGCCGGAGAGCGGGGUAACAUGGCCCCGGGACAGGAAGGGGAGGAGUUUUGAGACAGCCUGAUAGUGAACGGGCAGUGAAUAUCCCCUGACUACUGUCUCCGAUCCAUCCACCACCACACUUUGUCUAUCGCUUGCUAUUUCUUUUCUCCUUCAUCUCUUGUCCUCCUCCACGCUCUCCAAAGGGAACCUCUCAGCACGAGAAGCCACGCUUGCAGAACUUACAGUACUGUGCAAUGAACAUACACACACACAAAAACACACACACUGCAGUGUAUUUUUUAGCAGGACAGGGAGUACAAGAAGUACAAGAUUUUUUUAUGCUGAACAGACACAGGCAUUGCUGGGGAACAAGCAGAAUGACUUAGCGAAUAUAAAAAAUCUCUCAUUUAAAAAUGGAAAAACAGUAACACUGAAGCAGCUCACACUGCACUGGCUGUGUGAGAGACUGAACGUACAGUUCUCUACAGGAACAACAUGGAUCAGUGUAUUUAACACAAAUGACCAUGUUCCUUCUUUAAGUGUCACACAAAUUCUUGGAAGAUAUCAUAUGAUCUCAUCUCAACAUACAGAGCAACAAAUAAGUUGAACAAUUGCAUGUGGGGGAAAAACCAAGCAUGUGAUUUUGUGAAAGAGAAGAGAAACUUUUAACCUCUUACCCUGUUGCUUAAGGGUUGUGGUUUUCCAACUGAUUGAACACUUGAUCUGGAAAUAUGAAGGGCUUUUUUGUCUAUGGAUCAUCCUUAUACAAGAUGAUUUCUUCUAUUGGGGCGGCAGGGUAGCCUAGUGGUUAGAGCGUUGGACUAGUAACCGGAAGGUUGCGAGUUCAAGCCCCCGAGCUGACAAGGUACAAAUCUGUCGUUCUGCCCCUGAACAGGCAGUUAAUCCACUGUUCCCAGGCUGUCAUUGAAAAUAAGAAUUUGUUCUUAACUGACUUGCCUGGUUAAAUAAAGGUAAAAAAUAAAAUAAAUUAGCCAGUCAAUGCAAUGCCUGUGUCUUUUGGCGGAUAGACUCACGUAUAUACACACACUGUUCCCACACACCUUGUGAUUUUAACCUCUGAUAUAGUACAGAUGCAUCUGAGACACUUAACAGUGUUUGCAUCAUUUAGCAUACCUUUACAAAAAAACACACAGUAUCACAAUGCCAGAGACACAAACAUGCACUAACACAACGCUUGCAUGCAAAAUGAGUACAGAGAAUCAACAACAACAACAGAGCCAUUUAUGAAUCUGCAUACAGAAAACAAUCAGCAGUUGCCUGAAGAUAGAUCAUUAAUACUCCAAGGAGGAGAGACUGGUAUAUGUGUUUCUCUUCGGAGUCAUGCGUUUGGCCUACGUUUGGCCUACGUUUGACCCAGAUUAGUGUAACCUGGGUUUGGCCUUGGCCUGGGGUGGAGGCAUGCUAGAGACACGCUGAGAAGAAAGGAUUGACACCGACUGCAGCACCCAGCCUACAGCUUCCUUUCAUCCUCCAACAAUUUUUGUUGUUGUAAAUUAUUGAAUGAAACUAAUAUGAUACAUUUCUUCUGGCUUAUUUGAAGAGGUGAUAGGGAGGGUAUUGAUGGUAAACUUAUGGAGCUGCUGAGAUAUGACUGUUCUAAAGAGGUAACUGACAUUUGCCCCCUUAUCUUGGAAGGUUUGAGGUUAGUGGACUUAGACGGACGGUCGUGCUGACGACGACAGUUAGGGAGAUGAGAGACAAAAUGUUGCACAGCGGCAUUUACUAGUUUUGUCGCACUUUUUCUGUUCUAGUUGCUCAUUUUUGCCACAAGUAGGGAGUCUAAAUGGAAGGGUUGCUUGGGGUAACAUAUUGAUAGGCCUAUCAGACACCCACGCGGUAUGUAUGUUAUAGUUUAUGAAUGUGUACUUAAUCUAACACCUGGUUAAAAACAUGAGGUUUAAUCAACUCCCAAAACAGUCAUUUGAAUGGACAGACUUUUUUUGUUGUUUUAUAAUUGCAUGAUGGGAAAGCACAUCAUGUUUGUUAGAUAUUAUUGUUCUGGAAACAUCUAUAUUUACUAAAACACAAGAUUGAUCUGGUUUCAGAAACAAAUCUAUUUUUGUCCCCAAUGUCAUUCGACUACAGCUUACACUGGGCCAACUUUCAAAACGCCGGCAUGCUUGGGAUAACAUAACAAUGAAACAAGAUCACAUUUCCUCUUUCCAAUGCUUUAUUAUAUGUGCCAUUUUCAAGAUUGGGCCAGUUGUGUUGUGUUUAAUAUAUAUAUAUAUAUAUGAUCCUGUCGUAUGGUUCUUUUGGGUAAGCUUUAGCAUGGUCCUGUUUCUGUAAUCAGGAGCCCAGAUUUAUAAUUGCACUAGCUAGGAAAUGAGAAAACAAAUACGUUUACAAGAGUAUUUUUGGAGAAAUGUGACCUGCAUGGAAGGGGGAUGAGUGAAUGGUUGUUUGAGACUGUGGGUGAAUGUAAACUGUAGCACUGCUUCUGCUGGUUUCUAGCCCUGGUAGAGCAUAGGAACAGUGCUGUACAUUAAAGUACAGGAUCUUGGUGCCACAAGAUACAAUUAUUUUCUAGCAGCUUGUACAGUGUUGCAUCUGCUCAUAUAAAGUGGGCCGGAGAAUGGAAUAACAUUAACAAUUAUUUGAAAGAAAGGUGACCGACGUUCCGUCUUAAGGGCACUGGAGCUGCUGUGUGAUUUCAAUAAAGAAGGAUGGUGAAGAUGUCUGCCGAUGUCGGUGAAUACCCAAAUAUACAGUCAAACUUGCCAUGUUUGUUGGCCUAUUGAUAGGUUGUUCACUUAUUCUAUCUACAUCCCCAACAAGAAACCAAUUAUGUUCCUUGUUCUUUAUCUCAUCUAUAAUUAAACCUGCUUGUUGCAACUCAUUAAUAAGAUAGGACAGAUAGACGGUUUGAACACCAAGCCUGUAAUAUAAGUAAUAACUGCUUUCUCCUUUGGUCGAUUUGCAUGUGCAACCACUACUGGCUCUAAGGGGAAGUGAAAUGGCUUUCCAGUGCAAUACUGUCAUCAGGUAGGGAGUUUCCCUGUGAUGGGAAAUGUUGAUACGUGUCCUGUUCUGAAGAAGGGGCGGGGAUCAGUGCCUUAAUCGAGACUGCAGGGGAAGAGUGUAUUGUGCUUAAUCAUCUGUUUGUUUUGGGACUUCGACAAAUAAUUAAACUAGCUUUAUUAGAGUCAUGAUGACAGAAUGGAGAGCCAGGUAUUGUUUUUUAUGUACAGUUCUGAAUGCUAAGGUCAAAUAAGUGCUGACAAUAAAUAGGCUUUGUUUUCACAGAAUACUUUGGCAGGCGAGGUUAGAAUGUUGGAAUGUUGGAGGGGGCUUAGAAAAGUAGCCCUUUACUGUGUGCUCUUGUAAGCAAAUAAUACAAAUAUUAAGACUCUG